UUUUAAAUAUAUUUUCCAGCAUUUCUAUGUAUGUACGUGCAAAAUAAGCGCACUCAAAAAUAAAGCAUAAAAAUAAAAGCUGUUAGGAUCGGAAAAAAGAUUAGUUUGGUUAUACAGUUAUAGGUGGGGUUGCCCAAAUAGCUAGUCAUGGAGGGUGUUCCUCGGAUGCCAAUGCUCGAAAUUGAGCUCAAACCAAAUUCAUUUGAUUAUUCAUCUUUGGAGUGGACUGGAAUGCCAAGUGAGGAUAUUCAUGAAGCAACACAACAACAAAUCACAGAAGGACUUAAAAAGCACAUCAAAGAAGAAUACGGAGAUGAUCCUGAUAAAUACAAUGAUGCAAUUGAAAAGUUUAUUGAAUUACAAUCUGCUGCAUAUAAAGCCUUGUUAUUGAUCGAUUUUGAUGGUUGUAAUACUCUGAAAAAGUAUUAUGGACAACUUCAUUAUAUGCAAAGUAGAUUCCCAUUUUCUGGUGACGACGCAAUCAAGGCAACGUUUACAUGGCAAGAUGCUUUCACUGGAAUUCUCACAGUUCAUGAAAGUUUUACUUUUGAACAGACUGCUAUUCUAUUCAAUAUAGGAGCUUUUCAUUCCUCUCUUGGAGCCAUGGAUAACAGAACAACAGAGGAAGGGAUUAGAAUAUCGUGUGUUCACUUUCAAUGUGCUGCAGGAUUGUUUUCAUACAUCGCUGAUCAUUUUGAUACAACGUUAAGUCCAGAUAUUAGUCAGUUCAUGUUGAAACUUUUCAUCAAUGUUAUGCUUGCUCAAGGCCAAGAAUGCUUGUUGGAAAAAUCAAUGCAAGACAAUAGAAAACACAGCAUUGUGUCGAAAAUAAGCCAACAAGUUGUCGACUAUUAUAAACAAUGCUUACAAAGUCUCGAAAUUAAAGACUGUAAGGAUACGCUCGGAAGUCAUGCUCAUCAACAUUGGAAAAGAAUCAUAUCGUUCAAAGUUGCAUAUUAUUCAGCUAUUACAAAGUACUACAUGGGAAAUAAUUCAUUAGAUCAAGACAAAUACGGCCAAGCUGUUGCAUUCUUUGGUGCCUCUGUUGGGCAUUUGAAUGAAACGACCAAACUCGCUAAGAAUCUACAGAAAGAUACUAGAUUGAAAGUUGACGAAGCUUUGAAAUUUACAUCUGAUGUUUUGAAUGGAAAGUACAACAGUUCCGUAAAAGAUAAUAAUUUUGUAUAUCACGACAAAGUUCCUGAUGCAUCUGUACUGCCAGAAGUGAAAGGUGCUUCUCUUGUGAAAGCUUUACCAUUCGAACCAGCAAACGAAUCUUUGACAGGACCAGAUAUCUUCGCAAAACUCGUUCCAAUGGAAGCACACCUUGCUGCAUCAACAUACAGUGAAGAAAAAGCGAAGCUCUUGAGAUCUGUUGUUGAAAAAAUUAUUGAGAAAGAUGAAGUGUUAAACCAAUACAAACAAUCAAUUGAACUGGAUCCUAACAAGUUAAUCAAUUACACGGAAACAAGCAAGUUGGAUCAAACCUUGAUUGAAAAAUGUGCUCAAUUAAGUGUAGAUCAGUCUCCAAUCACAAAGUUACAACAAGCAAUGCAAGAUCUAUCUGAAGUUUAUUCUGACUUGGAUUCAAUACUGGAUGAUAUUCUAGCUCUUGCAGAGAAUGAAGAAACUGAAGAUCUAAAAUUCCAGGAUGUUGCCGGUAAAGAUGCAUUUUCUACAUCAGAAGAUGUUGAAGGAAUUAAAAAAGAACUUACUGUUUACAAAGAAAUCCAUCAUAAGGCUACGCAAAUGAAUGACGAUCUACAUACUGCAUGUAGGAUUCAUAUUAAUAAUAUGAAGUUAAUUGCUGGCGGAAUGGAUUCCUUGAAAGGAGAAUUGAAUUUAACAAACAUAGCUGAUUUAUUGAGCGAAGAAGAUAAAAACGUUGUCGAACUGAUUCGCAAACUUUGUGACAAAGUUGUUGAAAUGGAAGUGCAGCGUAAAAAUCUUCUGCAAGAAUUGAGACAACAAAUGGAAUCAGACGACGUCACCUCAACACUGGUCACGAAACAUGGUGUUGAUCAGGAGGAUCUUUUUAAAGAAGAACUGAAGAAGCAUGAUUCUCAUAUUGAUACCAUUAGCAAGAAUCUGUCAGCUCAAGAUAAUAUUCUAGAUGCAGUAACUGAGGCUAAUGCACGAUAUACCAAAAUCAGAAAAACUGUUGAUACUGAGAAAGAAAGGGUAGACCAGAAAGUCGGCAACUUAGUCCUAUCUUGUGAAGUGUUUGAUGAAGUUCUUCAUAAAUGUAAGGAAGGUGAAAAAUUUUUUGCUGAAGUUUUCACAAAAGCGAAACAACUUCAUGAAAGGGCAAAAGAGUUUUGUGGUGAAAAUGAAGAAAAAAGAAGCAAGAUUUAUAAAAAAAUUGAAGAAAAAGAGAAAGCAAAGCGACCACCACCACGUCCUUCAGCCCCGAAACCCAAACUUAGUUCAAAAAAGUCGACGUCAAUUCCGAAUCCACAAAUAUCUGGACCCACAAUCACAUCAGGAGUUGAUAUGCCCCCGGUUGUCCCUGGCAUUACAUUGAGUCCAGACAUUCUUGCAAAAAUGAUGGCAGAAGACGAAGAUGAAUUUUUGAAUGAUCCUGAAUUUUUGCAAUUUUUACAGAAUCAAGGUGAUUUCAGUUCUAUAGAUUUGGCAUCUUCUCUACCAGCGUCAGCAACUUCAUCUUAUACUGCAAUGCCUGGUCUGGGCCACAAUCGACCUCAUACAAUGCCACCUCCAGCGCCUAUUCAACAACAACCGAACUAUCCUGCGAUAUCAAGUCCCUCAAUACACCCCGGUAUUAACCCUGCUGCAUUGCCCCCACGCCCACCCUCACACCACACCCCUCCGCCUACCCAGUCCUAUUAUCCACGACCCUCACAUGGGCAGUCACCUCAAUCCUUGCCACAGAAUAUACCAGACCCAAGACAAUCACCUGGGCCAGCUCAUACCAUGGCAUACCAACCGCAUUCCCAACAAAUCCAGUUGUCGCAAUCAGGACUCCCUUAUAUGUCAUCUACACCAGCAUAUUCAGUUCACAAUACUGCAGCUUCUCUUCCUAUGCAAUAUCAAUCUGUCGCAUCUGGUUCCCCUGUACCACCUCACCUGUCUCGUUCUGUGACACCCAUGUCACAACCUAUGUCUCCGAUGCCACAAAAUUUGCAACCCAUGACACAACAGAAUAUGACUAUGCCAUAUUAUAAUGCCGUGAUGCCACAAAAUGUUGCAUCCAUACCACAGAGCAUCGUUGCUACGCCACAAAGUAUUUCGAAUAUGUCGCAAUCAAUGAGUGCGAUGCCACAAUCAAUGUCUCGCAUGGUAGUACAUUCUCCUCAGUCUAUGGCACCAAUGCCACAAACAGUGGCACCUCAAGUUGUUCAUAAUAAUUACUAUGCCUCUCAGCAGCAGCCUCCAAUUCAACAAGCACAGCCACCACCUGUACAAGUGUCACAGGUUGCAAUCGUUUACUCGGCGCCUCCAUGCCACCAAUCAGCAAAUAGUCAACCUGCUUUUUCAAGGAGUGGCAGCGUAGUUGUGCCACCAAUUGUUUCAUUACUUCAGCCGCCUCCAGAUGCAUCUCAAAGUCAACUGCAGGGACAACCUUAUUAUGUAAUGCAGGGCAAUAGUCCGGUACCUGCUAUAGCCAGCAGUACCACAAUGCCAACGACACCACAAGUAAUAGCAAUGCAGAGAAUAGGACCGGAACAAGUGCAGAAUAUUCCUGUGGUAUCUGGAAACCAGCAAGGACAACCACAACCUUAUCAAGGGCAGAUUUAUCCUAAUCAGGCUCCCACUCCUCCUAUUUCUACGACUAGACAAUAUUCUAUUGAUCAACAAUUCAGCAGUCCUCAUCCUCUACCAAGUGCCACGCCACCACAACAACAACGUGCUAUGUCACCUGCGCCACAAACACAGUACAUGUCAAACCAGCUUGGUUUAAAUAAUCAACAGAAUUUUAUGCCGCCUUCAAGCACCAUGCAGCAACCACCCUCAGUUUCUAGGUUACCACAAAAUAUGGUUCUACCCAUGGUCUCAACCAUGCAACAGCAACGGUUCAUAUCACCAACUGUUUCACAGCAGGCACAGAUGCAACCACAAACAACAAAUGUACAAAACCAGAUAUUUUCAUCUCCAUUACCAAAUCAACCAUCACAAUUUUCUGGACCACGCCAGAUGUUACCAAGCCAACCAACACAAAACCAGGCCAUACCACAUUCUGGUUAUUCAAAUCUUCAACAGCAACAAAACUAUGGGCUGCCUAAUCAACAAAUAUCACAAACUGGCUCUGGUUUACCAUCAAACCAACCAUACCAAGCUGGCAUGGUUCAACCAGCCCAAGGUGGUGGGAUGGUCCAGCCACAUGGAUCACAAUCAUACCAGCAAGUGCCGUCGCAGCAACAAACUAUCCAACAACCAAACCAGAAUGGUGUACCCAACCAAAAUUUACAAUCUUGGAAUCAAAGUAUGGUACCAACUAGUCAAACCAGUCAGUCAAUUGGGCAAAGUGUAGUUCCAGCUGUUCAGGGAAUGACCAGUACUGGCCAGAGUUUUGUUCCUUCUGGACAGAGUAUUUCCCCACAUCAACAAAUGGGUGAUCCACAAGUUCAUAGAGUACAGCCUCAUAUUUCAAGUAGUAUGCCACAAUUACAUGGCCCGAUGUCACAAGCAGGUGGCACCAUCUCACAACAACAACAGGCUAUAAGACCACAGGCACCACAACAACAACCACAAUUUGGUCAGUUGCCACAGUUUGCAAUGCAACAAGCUCAAAAUCAGAUGCCACAACAAAAUGUGAUGCCUCGAUCCUCCUCCGGAAUCGUUCCGCCAAAUGCCAUGCCACCACAAGCAACAAUGAUAGAGCAGCUAGGCCAAAAUCAGAUGCCACAACAAAAUGUGAUGCCACAGUCUUCAUCUGGAGGUAUGAUUCCUCAAAAUAUGAUGUCACACUUCUCAUCUGGAAUGAUUCCUCAAAAUUCGACGGCGCCGCAACAAGGAACGAGGAUCCAACAACAUAGUCAAAAUCAGAUGUCACAACAAAAGCUGAUGCCACAAUCAUCAUCUGGAAUGGUUCCUCAAAAUGCCACACCAUCACAAGGACAAAUGAUCCAACAACAAGGUCAAAAUCAGAUGCCGCGACAAAAUGUGAUGCCACAAUCCCAAUCUAAAAUGGUUUCUCAAAAUUCCAUGUCACAAGUAACAACUAUACAGCAACGAGGUCAAAAUCAGAUGCCACAACAAAAUGUGAUGCCACAGGUUCAAUCUGGAAUGGCUCCACAAAAUGCCACACCACCACAACAUGGAACAAUGGUUCAGCAACAAGGUCAGAAUCAGAUGCCAAGACAAAAUAUUAUGCCACCAUCCCAAUCUGGAGUGGUUUCUCAAAAUGUCAUGACAUCACAACAACAAGGCCAAAAUCAGAUGCCACAGCAGAAUACAAAACCAUACAUCCAAGGUCAACAAAGUUAUUCUCAAAGCAAUAUGCAGUUGCAACAAUCGAAUCUCGCUCCACAAGGGCGAGUCAAUUCUGAUUCUGUAGGGCUGCCGGUACCAAAUCCACAAGAAAAUUACACUUUCAAGUCACAUCCGCAUGCUGGACAGUACUUUUCUACACCAAGUAAUGAAAAUUCUCCGAAACACGUUCCUGCUCAGCGUAGCCGGCAAAGUUCCGUGGACAAACCUGCUCAUCCUGGACCGGGAAUUUUGACUCCUACACCAGUAAACGAACCAAAGCCGACUCCACCCCUGCCUCGUCAGCCAAGUUCAGAUUUAGCCGGAUUAAUUUUGACACCAACGAGGACUCAUUCAUCUUCUGCAGAUGAAUUGUUAUUCACCAGUCCGGAUCAGGGAAGUGUCCCUGUAAAGGCAAAUAACCAGGUUGUUCUUGUACCUACGAAAAUCGAUGAAGAAAGCGAUAAAAUGGUCGUGCGACCUGUUGAAGGACUUCCAUACAUGGAUGAUGCUGACUUGAUGAAGUUCAAAGGUCAAGUUGUCGAGUUUCGAUCGAAAGUUGGUAAUUUAUUACACAAACCUGAAAGCAAUGGAUUAUGUGCAUUAGACAGAGAGUGGAAACAACUUUCUGAAGCCCAAGAAAAAUUUUCUCGUCAGCUUUCCACAGCUAUAGCCCGAUGUUCGUCGUACAAAAACAGGUUUCAAGACAUUGUACCGUUCGAUCAAUCAAGAAUUAUUUUGAAACAAGCUAAAGAUGAUUAUAUUAAUGCAAGUGUUAUUGAUGGAGUUUCGCCAUAUUGCCCACGAUAUAUAGCUACACAGUCACCUUUAGCCAACACUGCAUCUGAUUUUUGGUUGAUGGUUUACGAACAGCAAAUAACAUUGAUUGUUAUGUUGGUCAAUGCAAAAGAUGUUCCUAAGAAAUGUCCAAUAUACUGGCCAGAGGAUCGGUCAGUUCCACAGCAGCAUGGACCAUUGACCGUGUCUUUUACUACUCGCAAGACUCAUGGUGAUUUAUAUAUAGAGAGAAAAUUCACAGUAAAACACAAGAACUUAAGUCUAGCAAUGUCCGUCACACAACUACAAUACAUUGCUUGGCCUGAACAUCGAUUACCAUCUUCUGCGAGCGACCUUCUUUCGUUUUUGACAGUUGUGCAAAAUUAUCAUAGCCAACAGAGAAAUCUUCAGUGGCCUAUACUUGUACAUUGCGAAUCUGGUGUCGGCCGCACAGGAGUGUUCUGUGCUUUCCUUGCUGGAAUAAAUGAAAUAAACGCUGGAAUGGGAAUUGUGAAUGUCGUCGAUAUUUUAACAAAAAUGAGGCAGAAGCGAAAAUACAUGGUGCAGGAAAAAGCACAAUUGAAGUUUGUCUAUGAUGUCAUUCUGUAUCAUGCUAUUGAUGUUUUGAAACAAAGAAAAGUAUUUCUUGAGGAGGAAGUGAGACCUGUGUCAGCACCACAGCAGAUUCAUCAACGCCCAGCGAAUCCAACUCAAACUUCAGGACAAUUUGAUAUUUUUUCUAAUCAGUCUGCUCUAUCUUCUAUUCAAGCUACAGUAGAAAAGAUGACAAUAAAACCAGGCCCAGAAAAGAUGGAAGGUAACAAUUUUGCUCCACCAAAUUUCAACAGCAAAUCAUGCAGUGACAUACCCAGCUCACAAGAUGGUUAUGUACAAUAUGAGAACCAAGUUCGACCAAACACAUCGGAAAAUUUCAUCUCAUAUCAGGCACCUCAACCAGUAAACGAAUUUGGUUACCAAGAUCAAAAUCCUAGCCAGAACGUCAUGGGUAGUCUAAGUGAUCUUGUCCAGGGUACGAUGACGGCUCCGGUACAGCCCGAACCCCCUUUGGUAAAAGCCGAGAGUGCCCCAAUCCAAACUGUAACUUCGAAACCUGAUAUUGUUGAAAGCUGUAACAGUCAAGUUGACUUCGAAAUAUCGAAAGCCCCUCAUGAUGAGAACAAUCCCUCUUCGCAUGUUACUCUUAUCGAGUCUUUGAAUCCUGAAUCAUUCACGCUCAACAGUGAAGACGAGGAAGUCCAUCGGAAGCGUAAAGUGACAAAAGAUGACUUUUUCAAAACCAAUUCUGGGUUAGCGUUAGAAAAAGACCCAGCGGACCCAUUUAGUGGGUUGGACCCACUGUGGACACUGAGAAAAUAAAUUGUAUUAUUUAUAAUGUAAAUUGUUAAUAAAAAUCACUUUAUUAUCAUUUCUUGUAUAUGCUGCUCUUACAACGCUUGGUGUCUUAAUCACAUCUUGAUGACUUGAUUCUUAUUCUUAUGUUUUUCCCCAUGUAAGAGGCAUUUUCAAAAUGAUCGCUCAGUUAACGUCACUUGUUGUCGGCAUGCUAUUUUUACUUAUAAUGUGCAAUUGAUGUGUUCUUUAUUCUAUUGAAUUUGCUACUCAAGAAUGUUGGCCUACUUUAAAAUGUACUAAUUUGCCCUUUACUUUUUUCGCUUUCCGCAAGCUUGUUGUUCGUCUUAGGAGGUUUUCGUUUGCAGUUUUUGCAUAUGUAAGUUGAAGAUACCUGAUCCUGAUGUAUUAUUAAUUGUAGCCUGCAAAUAUAUAUUUAUACAUAUAUGGAUAUUCAACCGUACUUUUGUCUUAAUUAAAUGUCUCGUAACAAU